AUGGAUCCCUUGAGUCUGGCGGCUAGUAUUGCCGGCGUGGCGACGGCUGCAUUCCAGAUUAUCGGGAUUCUGGGCACGAUCGGCGCGGGAGGGAAAGAACGCCUACAGCUGUUGCAGGAGUUGACGGGGUUGUGGAUUACUAUUACAGCUGUGCAGGCGCAACUGGCUCCUGAUGGGAAUGUUCUGGAUGAGGCGAAUUUUCCGCCGCAACUGAAGACCUUGCUCGAGUCGGAUGGUCUGGUGAAAGAGAUGAAAGGUCUGGUGGACGAUGUGGAGAAGAAGCUGACGCCGCGGUCGUCGCGCGUAAGUUUGCGGCAUAUUGGGCAAACUCUGGGGUGGCCUUUGGCGAAGCCGGAUGUUGUUCAAUUUAUUGAGCGGAUGGGACGUAUGCAGCAGACCUUGCAUGUGAUGCUGGAUCAGUCGAACUUAUCUCUGACGCGCGAGAUUCACCGCGAUGGCCAGGCUGUGAAGGCAGUCAUUGAUGAAGGGCGUUUAAAGGCGAUGAUUGACUGGGUAUCGCCGCUGAACUUUGUCGCAAGGCAAAGCCAAUUCUUCAAGGAUCAUCACGAAGGAUCGUGCAAGUGGUUUCUAGGCUGUGAAGACUUUCGCGAAUGGAAGGAAAGCGAGAACGCAGUGCUCUUCUGUCCGGGCAUUCCAGGUGCUGGCAAGACGUUCUUGUCAUCUAUUGUGAUCAAUGAACUCGACAGGCUGCGGCUCAGUGAUAAAGGGGGUGUCAAGGACUCGGCGAUCCUGAUGCUUUAUUGUAAGUGGGACGAUUCUCAGUCCCAGUCGGUCGACUGUCUCCUCGCCAGCUUGGUCAAACAAGUCGCUCAGCGCUAUGGGCUUGUUUCAGAAGAGACAACCAAUAUGUUCUCCAAACACAGCAAGGCCGAUACAAGUCCCGGUCGGGAGGAGUACUUGACAGUUCUCAACGCGGAGCUAGGUCGUUUUCCAAAGACUUUCAUUGUUGUCGAUGGUCUCGAUGAGCUAAGGGAAGAGAAGCAGGCUCGUUCUUCUGGAAACUUUGACUUCAUUGAAAACAAAGAUCAACUUGAUGGUAACUUCGCGCCCCAUCGACAGCAUCACAAGGCGGCCAGCGGUAUCAGUUCCAUUGCAAAAGGGGGGCGAUGCAAGCACCAAGGUCACGUUAUGGUCAAGCAAUUCAACGGUGCCAUCAUUGACAUUGCUGCGAUGGAAGAAGAUUUGCUCACCUACGUGAAAUGGCGUAUCGGCUCAUCGGAAUUUCUUCAGCGCUGCGUCGAAAGUAAAGCAGUGUUGAUAGAAGACAUCGUGGAUACAGUUGUCAGAGAGAAUGGCGGAAUGUUCCUGCUGGCAAAGUUCAAUAUGGAUACUCUCGCAUCCAAAAUGCGACCUGGCGAAGUCAAAGAGGCUCUCAAAGUCCUUCCUAAAGAGCUGGACGACACCUACAACGAGGCAAUGAUGCGCAUCAAUGACUUACCGUCGAGCCGCAAGGAAGUCGCGAUGGAGUUCCUCCGCUGGGUGGUCUUCGCCGAACGCCCCUUAGAGAUCCAUGAGAUCGAACACGCUCUUGCUGUCUCGCCCAACGAUCACGAUAUUGACCCGGACAAUGUGAUUCGAGCGCUCGUGCUUGCUUCUAUGUGUGAGGGCAUUGUCAGAUUCGACGAGUCAGACUGCGUUCGCCUGGUACACUUCUCGGCAAAGAACUUUUUCUCCAAGUACCAUGAAAAAUGGUUUCCAGAUGGAAGUGUAAAAUUGACUUCAACGUGUCUGACCUACCUUCAGUUUGAUCCUUUUCGGCAAGGACCUUGUACUGGGCCAUCUGAAUCGGCCGACUUUGAUACUCGAUUAGAGCAAUAUCCGUUCCUCAAAUACGCAGCUACGUUCUGGGGCAAGCAUCUUCUGAAAACACCACGAGAUGAUUUCUUCAAUUCAGCGCGUAAGCUCUUGAUGGAUCCAGCAUACUUCGCAGCUGUGUCACAAGCACUGUGGUACGUGGAUACUGAGGACUCAACGAGCUGGGCUGGGAAGGACGGCAGCACCCCCUUGCACAUGGCCACACAUCUCGGAUUGAACAGAUUGGUGAUGGAAUUGCUCGAGAGUGGAAUUGACCCUGACACCCGUGACGUCAAUGGGGUCACACCCCUCGCGCUCGCUUGCGUACGUGGAGUUGUCGAUGUCGCCGAGACCUUGAUCAAGGCUGGAGCUAACGUCAACUCGGUGGACAACGUCGGCGGUACGCCCCUCUACGGUGCCGCCUACCAUGAUUACGAGCAACUGGUCCAGCUGCUCCUUCGACAAGAUGCGACUGAGGUCAACCUCACAGUGUAUCAAUACACACCGCUAAUGGUAGCUGCGUUGAAUGGAUACAUUGGCAUUGUCAAGGCGUUCCUGCCGAUUCCGCGACUAGAGAUCAACAAAGGGUGCGAAGAGAGUGGACUAACUGCGCUGAUGGUCGCGGCUUCAUACGAUGAACCAGAGUCCGUGGAGGCUCUUCUCACGCAUCCUGACAUUGACAUCAAUCGCCAAGACCAUGGCGGAUCAACGGCGCUUGUUUUGGCCGCCGAAGAUGGAUACCGCCGAGUGGUGGAAAUCCUCCUCGACAAAGGUGCGGAUACUGAGGUCAUGCAGGUUGGAUCACUCGGUACUGCGCUUAACCGAGCCAUCGAUUACAAUCAAGUUGCUGUCGUUGAGUUGCUACUAGCGCGCGGAGCGAAUGUGCACCACACCGAUGUUUUCAAGCGCGGCAUGCUCCAUUCUGCCGCAGUGAAUGGCCAACAUGAAGUCCUUGACAUUCUUCUCAGAUUCGACGAGACAUUGGAUGUCAACAUGCAAGAUGUCAACGGCAAGACGACGCUGCACGAUGCAGCGCGGAACGGAUCCAUGUUGACUGUUCGAACACUAUUAGAGUAUGGAGGCGACCCAACCAUCAGAGACAAUUAUGGUCGAACACCAAUUUAUGUAGCUCGUGAGAUGAACCACACAACACUCGUUGAUAUGUUACGAGAAGCUCGACGAGCAAAGAUACAGAACAGAGAGGCGCGAGACAUCCUCGGUCCACUUCCAGAACGCACCGCCACCGGCUCAACCAUUCAAUCCCCAAGGCGCACAGAUACUGAGAUGUCCGUGAACACUCCCCUGGCUAUCUGGUCACUUGCAAGUUCUGAGUCAAUUGAUGAGCUCAAAAGUCGACUCAUUACAGCAUCACCGGAAGAGAUCAACGCUCAAGAUCCGGAUAUUGGUGAUUCAGCCCUUCAUUACAGCGCCACACGCAAUAACCCCGACAUCGCACGCCUUCUCAUUGAACAUGGUGCAAACUUGAACCUUCCCAAUCAUUACGGGCGGACCCCAUUCCAUCUGACUACCUUGAACAAUAGCGUCGAAGUAGCAGGGGUCCUGUUGGAUGCUGGUGCCGAGUUUGAAACCAAAGACCAAUGGGAUGAAUCGCCAUUGACCACGGCAUUAUCGUAUAGGCAGAAAAUGAGCGCCAUGUUGGUGGAGCGUGGGGUCACCUUACCCAAAAAGCGCUCAUCACUAAACCUCUUGCUCGAGCUAUCCGUCGCGUAUGGAAACGAAAAGGCGGUUCGGCGCUUGAUAGCCGCAGGCGCCGAAGUUUGGCGGAAGAAUGCAUAUGGGGUCACCCUUUUCACAUCCGCCAGAUAUUAUAAACACGAGGAAAUUGCGAACCUACUUUUGGAACUCGGAAGUGCUCCUGAAUCACCUCCACUGGGAGAGUCGGAUACGCCUCCGGAGUAUGUGACGGUCGAUUCAGCUGAACAUUGUGACGAGAUGUCGGACAGCAAAGGAAAUGUUCAGGGGACAAAAAAUCAAACAACUGAAACCGUCAAGGAGCUAUCGCCCAACGCUUCGCACGAGCAGAAUAGUGACCACAAAUCGCCAACCCAAAAACCACUACUUGAUACCCCCUCGUCUCACCGGACUGCCGUUAAAGGAGGCUGGCUGAAGGAUUCACCUGUGAUCCGCCAUACCAUCCUCAUCCUGACUCUGCUAGCGACGUUGAUCAUGUUGACCGCGGUCAUGGCAAUGCCGAAAGGGGUCUUUGCGAGCAUGACACCUCCCCGUGUAUAG